AUGGCUGCGACAUUCGGUACAGGAACACCAUUUGGAUCGGGAUCGUCUACGGCUUUCGGAAACAGCAGCAACUUCGGAACUGCUGCCUCUGGGGGCGCUCUGAACACCGCGACACUCAACCCGAACAACGACUUUAUGGUAAGUGAUCCGCCAAAUGAUACCAUUUCAUCGGUGCACUUUUCACCGGCAGCGCUACUGCCCCGUAACUUUAUCAUCGCAACAACCUGGGACAAUGAGGUACGCCUCUGGGAAGUUCAUUCCAAUGGCAGUACCCAAGGUCUGGGUAUGAUACGCCACGAGGCUCCGGUGUUGGCGUCCGCCUGGAAGAGUGACGGCACCAGAAUCUUCUCAGCCGGUUGUGAUCGCAUAUGCAAGAUGUGGGACCCAGCUACUAAUGCAGUCGACACUGUCGCCUACCAUGACGGACCUAUCCGUCACUGUGCGUUCGUCGGCGAGACCAGCGGCGUUGCCGGCACUCCGUUUCUGAUGACAGCGGGCUGGGAUCGAACCCUCAAGUACUGGGAUGUGCGCGCUCCGCCCAAUCCGGCACAAGGUGGUGGCGGUGCCAUGGGAACCGUGUCGCUCCCGGAGCGCUGCUACGCAAUGGAUGUGAAUGGGUCGCUCGUCGUGGUCGGAACUGCGGAUCGUGAGGUGCUCUGGUUCGAUCUCCGACAGCCGCUGCAGCCGGCAGGUCGAAAGACAUCGCCACUGCGUUACCAGACGCGUUGCAUCUCGAUCUUUGCGGAUCGUACUUGCUACGCGAUCUCGUCCGUAGAAGGGCGGUGCGGAAUCGAGUACCUGCAGGAUACUUCGAAAUCCUUCGCCUUCAAGUGCCAUCGCAUUGAUCAGGGUGCAGGCGGUCAGGAGCGGAUCACUCCAGUCAACUGUGUGACGACGUACCCGUCGACCGCACCAGAGCUGGUGGACGUGCUUGCAACCGCCGGCGGCGACGGUCGGGUGAAUAUCUGGAAUAAAGCCGCGAAAGUGAAGACCAAGGGCCUCAAAGAGGUUCCUUUGCCGAUCGUUGCCCUUGAGUUUAAUGCGAAUGGUGCUAUCUUGGCCUACGCUAUGGGCUAUGACUGGAGUCAGGGAGCCAGCGGAUACGCACGAUUUCAGUCGGUGCCUCCCGAGCAGCGCAACCUUAUUUUUCUGCACGCCGUUCAGGACGACGAGAUUCGUAGCAAGAGCGCUGGGGCUCGACCGCCGGUUCGCAAGGGCCUCUUCUAA